AAGAAUAUAUGUAUGUUUGUUGUUGAACUUCGUUCGCACCGUACGUUUUCAUCCGUGCCAAUUGAAGGUGCGGGGGAAGGACAACAAACUCAACUCAAAUUUUGUGUGCCCUGCAUUACGUUCUAGAACAAAUCCUGAAUAUUCCUGGUUUUGCAACAUAUAAUCAAUAAAGCAAGUGUGCCUUGAACUGUUUACCCUUGGAUUCGCUUUGUAGUAACAGCGUCCGCCUGAUUAACAUUUACGGCAAGCGAGGCAGCCACGGUAACGAACAUCUUUCCUCAUUACCUACGUCGAGUGCAAACACCGUAAAAAAAAGAUAUAAAUGUACACGGAUAGUUAUUGACACGAUGAGAGCCAGCAGUUGAAACACCCGGCCCAAGAGCAUAACGCCGUUGUCGGCCAGUAAAAACAGAAAGCAAUCCAUGCCACCACCCCCCCCCGACCUCACGAAAGGUUUGCGGUUAAAUACAUUCUGAAGCAAUUUAUACUCGGGUUGCUAUAAGAACUGAAAGAUGCAUUGCUAAGUCGGAUCUGGUUGGCUAGAGUUAUCGUCGGGCAGGUUGUGUGUUUGUUGAGGAUACACUUUAAUUUAUUUUUUUAAAAGUAAAGUCGCGUCUCGGCGAGGACUUUGGAGGUGAGCUGUGAGUGUGGUGAGGCUUAAAUUCGGGGGAUUGGGGCACCAGUGAGUUCGCUCAUGGAGCAGAAGAUUGCAUCGCUCUGCUUUUCCUGCUGCGUCAUACUCUGUGGUGGCUUGUCAGGGACUUUUGCUAAGCCUGACUUUAAUCUUAUUCCAGCUGUGUUCACUAUACCAGAAGACAGUGCUGCUCAGACGCUGGUGGCCACCUUUGAAAUCAGCUUCCCAAAUGAAACCAUUGACAAUGUUGUCCUAACCCCAACAUCACCUUUCCAGCUGAGAUGGUUUCAAUUAAACGUUUCUGGUCCUGGAGUUUACAUUGUGGAGGUGACCCUGAUCGGUGUAAAUCUGCUGGACUUUGAAACUCUGAAUCAGUACAACAUGACUGUGUCAGUCACAAAUGUCAAUGGCACCAGCUCAGAAGUAUUCUUCAUUGAGGUGACUGAUGUUAACGAGCCUCCGAUCUGCAGUGAUCAAUCCCCAGCAGGCGCUCACAUUCACAUUCUAGAGGAUGCACCACACGCGACAAUCGUCUACAGAGUUAGAGCCACCGAUCCAGAUCAUGGUGACAUCAUCAGUUUCUCCUUGCUAAGUGUUGACCCAGUAUCCGGCCUGAGCCAGUUCAACUUUAAUGAAGCUCAAGGAAUGUUGACAGUGUCCUCGUCUGGUUUUGACUGCACCGCAGACACGAAUUUCUUGCUGGACAUUAUGGUCAAGGACCAAAACGGCCUUUCGUGCAACCUAACCCUGACAGUUACAGUCGUAAAUUUGGACGACAACGAUCUGGUCUUUACGGCUCCAUCAGAGAGGGUCUUUUGGAUUUCAGAAGAAGAACCGCAAGACCAUCUGGUGACUGUAGUUGCAGUCAACGAUACCGAGGUGUUCUUUACAUUUGUGAACCAUGUGGAAGGGUUUUACAUAACUCCAGGCACAGGGGAAGUGAAAACAGCCUUCAAGCUGGACGUAGACGAAAAACCUGAGCUCCAGAAUAACUAUAUACUGGUUCGGGCGACAAACUACAUUCACCAACGCAGCGUUACGCUCAGUCUCACAGUCUACGUGAUGGACAUCAAUGACAAUCCGCCAGUCUGCUCUUAUUACCAACGCAUAUUGCAGAUUCCAGAGACUACGCCUGUAAAUUAUGCUGUCGUGGAUGUAUCCUGCACAGAUCGUGAUGUGACCUCACCGAACAAUGUGCUGAUAUAUAGUCUAAGCACUGACGCGAACUCGGAAGGGCGCUUUAUAAUGACGGAAGCUACUCUCAAGAUAAAUUCAAGUUUGGAUUAUGACACGGCUGAUUUGGCAUCUGUGGACUACAAGUACAAUCUGAAAAUAGAGGUUUAUGACCUUGGAGUUAAUAUCUCACUGACGUCGACGGUGACAGUGAUCGUAGUGGUGACCCCCGUGAAUGAGUUUUCACCUAUAUGUACGGGACCAGUGAGGUUUUCAAUUUUCGAAGACCAGGAGGUGGGUGACAGUGUUUCUCCGAACAAACCCUCGUGCACAGACCAGGACUAUCCAUUGGAUAAUCUGCGCUACUCGAUGAUCGAUGACUCAGCCCACUUCUACAUCGAUCCCAAGACUGGUAUUAUUCAACUAUUAAACCCAGUUGACAGAGAGACAAAAGCCACAUACCGAGUAACCAUUAAGGUGGAGGACUUUGACCAAGACACGGACACUACAAACGUUAAGACUAUCUUCCAGGAUUAUCAAAUCGUAAUAUUGAAUGUGAACGAUGAGCCUCCCGUGUGUGACCCGGGCAUCUAUGAUAUCACUAUUUACUCCACGCUGGCAGCAGGAGGAUCUGUUGUACAGCUUAAGUGUGAUGAUGUGGACUCUCUUGAUGGUGAACUUGAGUAUGGAAUUGUCGGUGGUAACACAAACGGCCGUUUCGUGCUGUCCAAUGCAAAGCCACCUUCGGUAUUGACUCUGUCAACGUUCAGCUACUUUAAUCUUGGUGGCAUCAAUGAUCCCCAAGACUUCCAGCUGCUGGUGAAGAUCAGUGAUGAGGGUUUAGCUGCAGACAAGACGAGGAGACUGAGCAGCACAGCCACUGUCCUCAUCCACGUGGUUCCCUGGAUCACAACGGCCCCCACUACCGUCACCACCACAGUUUUCACGACAAGAAUCAUUACCAUAUUUGACUACUACUGGAAGCCUGAUAGCUGGUUUAUUGCAGUGAUGACAAUCAUUGCACUGGCACUUUUGGCAAUCAUUGGUUUGAUUUCAUAUUUCUGCUGGAAAGGCAUGCCCUGCUGUUGGAAGUUCUGCAAGCCCUCGCCAUCUGUAAAGGACCCACCGCUGCUGAAGGCCGAUGAGUUAACCGACGAAUCCAGUUCAUCUCAGAAGGAAAAAGCUCACAAAAACGUGCCAAAACCAGCAAGUAGCCCUGAGUUUGAUGGAAGAGCAAGAGAUCCAAGUAAGAUCAUUUUGUUGCAGUUUAAACUCCAUACACAACCUGCGUACCUGUACACAAUAAUAAGCAGCGUUUGGCUGCGUAUAACUUUGCAAAUCGACUAUAUUAAAUAAUUGUUGAUCCAGUAAAGGAUUACAACAUUUUACAAAUACAGCAUUUUGACUGCUUGUGUUGCGGUUAUUGCAGACAUGAUGCCUUGAAUAAAGGUGUCAGUUUUUUGUGCCAGUUAAAAGGGUAAAACCUAUUACUAUACUACACUUAAACUAUUGUAGGUGGUGGCGUGGUGGCGCUAUGGUUAGCCCACUGUGUGUUGAAUCUAGUCAAGUAAGAUUGAUAUCCAGCCUUGGCUAACGUGAUUGGUGAGUGAUAUCUGAACCUGUCCUGGGCCUUCCCCUUCGCUAACCUAUGCCGACCAGAAUGGUGAAGUAUUAUUCAACCACCUUCAUGCUGUGUAAAGUGUUAGAAGGCUUUUAUUCAGCAAUGGCUGUAAUUUGUGUAUAGUAUUUACAAAAAAAAACUAUCAUAAUAUAGUUGAUGAGAAUAACAUUUUUAUUUAAUUCCCAGCGAAUAAAGAGAUUAUGCAGGAAAAAAAUGUGUUAAUGAUGCAUUGUACUAAAGUACUGUACUUUUAUUUACAUGAAUUUCUUAAUUUACAGUGACGGGAAAUGAAUAUCUUUUCAACUCAGUUACUGGACAAAGGCGCUGGAUUUAAGCUUAAGAUUCCUUUUGUGUGCAAGUAUAAUCCAAAGGAUUCGACUCAUAGAUGUCAUCAUUCUAAUAUAUAUUUUGCAUGGUGGAUUGAAUUACAGUGGGUAUUUGACAAUAUAUUUAACACAAAUUAUAUAUUCUGCAAUCACAAAAAAGAAUGUAACCUAUUUUUAAAAGGUAAGUUAAAUGACCAAUAUAUGGCCCCAUUUAAAGUACGAGUAAUGGAAAGUCACCUGUAAACAAAUUUAUGUUUUUUACCACCCAUGCACUUUACUGUAUGAAAUGUGUGUACUUUUGUGAAAUUGACCAAUCUAUUUUCUUAUUUUCAUGUUCAAAAAUUAAAAUGAUCAUUUUUGCCAUGGAUUUGUUUUCAUGAGAUUGUUUUUCUUCGAAUGUGUAGCCAAACACCUUUUCAUUAGCUGUAACUACUACACUGUAAUAAAAAAAACACACACUUCAAAGCACUGUAAUCUAACGUUCGAUGAUGAAAAAUAUCCAUAUUUAACUUCUAAAGCAUUUUGUCCCUCCUCCCUUUACGAAUAUCAUUCGUGGGAGGACCUAUCAGAUGGGGGCAUAGCCACUGGGUGGCGUGGGUGGACGGACACCCCCAACAUUGUUCGACAUGGCUAAGAGACACCCACUUAAGGACAAUAAUCACGGUAUCUUUGAGUCCAAGUUUCUCUUCUCAUGUCGACGUCAGUACCUUUGAAUACCCAGCAGCACACGAAAAGUUGACAUUUAGAUUAAAUAAUAUAAAUUGUAUUCCAGACAGGCGGUUGAACCCACGGAUUAGACAGCACACGCAUGUCAAUGACAUCAUCACAACUAUUUCGAUAAACAAUUGUGGCUUGGGCAGGAUAAACAUGGCAGGUAAGCAAUGGACCUCAUUUCAAGAGGAUGUCCGCCGAGGAGAUGGAAGAAUGAGAUCAGUUCGAGUGCGAGAUGGACCGUUGCAUUGCUCGAUCGUGAGAGGUGGCGGUGGCUUGUGGAGGCCUUCAUCCAGCAGUGGAUUGAUCAUGGCUGACGGUGACGAUGACAGUAGAACUCGCACCUCCGAUUACCGCGGUUGGCUGUGUACGGUGCGAAUUAAGUUCAACAUACAUACAACUCCUCUUAUCUCUGAUAAAGUGGGGAGCGAAUUUCUUACACUGCAAUCUAGCCAAUAACUAACAGGAAUCAUUCGAUUGGAGGCCACAUCCAACUUACAACGGGUGGCCGUGCUUCUGCUGCCGACAUUUGUCAUUAAGAUCAAUUGUACUUUGCUGAUCCAGUGACUUUUUAAAGUAUACCCCUAUUUGUUUAAAGUAAAUGUAUAUAUGUGAUGAUAUUGGAAAAAUCCUUUGAGACGACUUUUAAGUAGCCAAAAUUUGUAAUAAUGUGAAUGUAUUUUAAUGAUAAUUUUUUUUUUCAAAAUAAAGAACAUUCGAAAUU